UGCUUGGACGAGCUACACCGCUCCGCUCCCGCUGCGGCCGCUGGCGCCGCGGGUGCCGCCGACACCGCCGCCUCCCGUCCCGACUGGACGCACCUCUUCCUCUCCGUACUGCCGCCGCUGCCGCUGCCGCCGGGCGGCCGCGACGACGCCAGGGUGGCGGCGGCGCUGCGGUCGGCGGCGGCGGCGCUGGUGGCGCGUCACGGCGGGGCCCUACGUCAGGCGGCGGUGGCGGUGUGGGAGACGCGGCUGCGGGGCCCCCUGCGUGAGGCUGCAUGGCGAGUGGUGGUGUCCAUGCCUACCGGACACGAGCACGGCGAGGAGCAUGUGGAGGUGUACCGCGAGGCCCUGCAGGAGUCCUACCUGCAGCACCAGCAGGCGAAGCAGCACAAGGACGUGUCAGCUGCGGCGGCGCCAGGGAAACUCCCGCACCACCAGCAGAUCGUGUCACCCGCUCAGCUGCCAGUCCGCGUGUACGUGCCGGCACUGCUGUACCCCGCACUGCACUCGCUCUUCCCGCCCGCCUCCUACUCCGCGCACUACGCCGCGACGCAUGGAGGCGGCCUCGUUCACCACCCCCUGCAGCAGCACCACCACCGCCACCAUCACCAUCACCACGCGCAUAGCGGCGGGGG